GUGGCCACGAGCUCUGGCGGAUGUCCGAGAAGAUGAAGAGAGUGCGAAGCCUCUCGGCGAAGACGCGCCCGAAGCCGAUCGAGAGGCCGGAGGCGACGCCCCCGCAGCCGCGGCCAGAGGCUGGGCGGAAGCCACCGACCAUCACAGUCGAGACCAGGACCAAGAGCAAAACGGACCUGAGGAUCCAGAAGGCGGCGGACCGCCGGGCCCGCCAUGCGACGGCAGUGAAGACCCAGGUGAGCUUUUGCGGCGGACAUGUCGACAAGCUGCACCACGAGGACAUCGCUUAUCUGCACGCGGAGGACGAUGCCCGGCGCCUGCGGGCCCCAAGCCAGGACGAGCGGACGAGCGAGGAGGAGGUGGAGCGUGCCUCCGACUCUGAGGUGGAGGACGACACCUUCCCGCCAGCGAGGUCGCCCCUGCUGUCGCCACAGAGGUCCCCCGUCGUGAGGGCGCGGGGCUACGACAGCGGCCGCGGGAGCAGGCUCUGGCAGAAG